CAGCUCCUCGGCUGGCGGCGUCUGUGGCGGCCUCCGGUGAGAGCAGCGCUCCGGGACAGUGGCGAUGUCCAGUGCCGCCGCGGCGGGGACAGCAGGCCGGCUUCCCGGGGUAGCGGCAUAGGCGGGCGCUUCCUCUGCGCGCUCGCUGCCCUUCCCCUGAACUGGCCAUGCGCCCGGCCUUCGCGGUGGGCCUGGUGUUCGCGGGCUGCUGCAGUAACGUGAUCUUCCUAGAGAUCCUGGCCCGGAAGCAUCCAGGAUGUGGCAACAUUGUGACAUUUGCACAAUUUUUAUUUAUUGCUGUGGAAGGCUUCCUCUUUGAAGCCGAUUUGGGAAGGAAGCCACCAGCUAUUCCAAUAAGGUACUAUGCCAUAAUGGUCACCAUGUUCUUCACUGUCAGCGUGGUGAACAACUACGCGCUGAACCUCAACAUUGCCAUGCCUCUGCACAUGAUCUUCAGAUCUGGUUCUCUAAUUGCCAACAUGAUCCUAGGAAUUAUCAUUUUGAAGAAGAGAUACAGUAUAUACAAAUAUACCUCCAUUGCCCUGGUGUCUGUGGGGAUAUUUAUUUGCACUUUCAUGUCAGCAAAGCAGGUGACUUCCCAGUCCAGCUUGAGCAAGAAUGAUGGAUUCCAGGCAUUUGCAUGGUGGUUACUAGGUAUUGGGGCACUGACUUUUGCUCUUCUGAUGUCAGCAAGAAUGGGCAUAUUCCAAGAGACUCUAUAUAAACAAUUUGGGAAACACUCCAAGGAGGCUUUGUUUUAUAAUCAUGCUCUCCCACUUCCCGGUUUCGUCUUCUUGGCAUCUGAUAUUUAUGAACAUGCAGUUCUAUUCAAUAAGUCUGAAUUAUAUCAGGUUCCAGUCAUCGGUGUGACAAUGCCCAUCAUGUGGUUCUACCUCCUCAUGAACGUCAUCACUCAGUACGUCUGCAUCCGGGGCGUGUUCAUCCUCACCACAGAAUGCGCCUCCCUCACUGUCACGCUCGUCGUGACUCUGCGCAAGUUCGUGAGCCUCAUCUUUUCCAUCUUGUAUUUCCAGAACCCUUUCACUCUGUGGCACUGGCUGGGUGCCUUGUUUGUCUUCACUGGGACCUUAAUGUACACAGAGGUGUGGAACAACCUAGGGACCACAAAAAGUCAGCCUCCGAAGGACAAGAAGAACUGAGGUCUGCCUAGAAUGUACGCAUCAGUGUCGCUGUGAGGGAGGAGUCUGGCCAAGGUCUGGCCACCAUUUCACUUUGUGUCAUGCAGAAUUACCCCCAGUACUGAGCCACACAUGCACCAGAGAGUCCUCAGAAAGAGGGGCCUUCUCACGUUUCUUUUGGCUAUAUAUCUGUAGACUCCAAAUAGAAAUCCCCCCACCGUAAAAUAGAAAAAAGAGGUCUGUACUCUUGAAUGGCCCCUUCAUUUGUUAUUUCUGUUUUGUUUACCCAGAUACUCAGUAUUAUACUUGUUUAUUGAACUCUGAGUCCCCAGAAGUAAUGGUUUCAUAUGUGUAAUCUUAGACAAGAUUAUGCCUUUCAUUGCUGUUCUGAUGAUUCUCUGCCAUAACUGUUAUUACCGUCCUGUGGCCCUGUCCUUUUUUCUCCCGUCACCCCUCCACUCUUCAGCAGCACUUUUCAGCCAGUCAGACGCUCCAGGCGCCAUCAGCAUCAGGAACAAUUGAGUGGCCAGGUAAACUGAGAUACCGGUAACACUGGGACUGGAAUUCCAGCCUGUUGGGAAAGAAGCAGUUGGCCUCAUGAGCCGAGCCCUGGCGACACUGGAGCAGGACUGGUGGGACCGUCCCCCACCCCUUCCCCACAUUUUGCUUUUUUUCCACUAUACAAAAGUCAGAUACUUUUCCCAUCUCUUGCUUUCUGUGCUUAGAACAAUCCUGCAGCACAUUGCAUGGCACAGUGUUCAUUAUAAAGGAAGAUUGUGUAUGGAUUGGGAGGAGGGAGACUUUUCCCUCAGUCUUCCACAUGAAACCCAUUUGCCUAAGCCGAGAUGGUGCCAGCAGGGUGGCCCAGCAGCAGCUGGCCCUCCUCUGCACCCCAAGAGCCACAGCUCCUCCUGGAGGCCCAGCCAGGCACUCACAGAGCAGGUCCCUAGGUGUAGGAUAAGUCUGUAAGGCCACCUAACCAGGAGAUUGAGCUCUGCCUGACAACUCUGAUAGUCACUACCAGACAGGCAGAUGAAUAGACCAAGACGUACAGUGGGUGUGGGUGUGGAUGUGAAGGAUAAAUCAGGUCAAGUCCCAACUGCAAUUGAACGUUUUUCUGUUUUUCCCUAUGAGGCAUCUUAAUGUUCUUGAUGGGUAUUGGGGAGAGGGUUUUAUGUGCUUUAUUUUAUGUAGAAACAUGCCUCUCUUUUGCUAAUCUUUUCAGAGGUCUGGUUUUCUUCUCAUGGGAUAAUCGUGAGAAAGAGGACCGCUGUCAGUAUAGCGUGUGUAGCGUGUGUGUGCUGUUGUGUAGUUUGUGCCCAUCGGAGAGCAUGGAAGUCGGUGUUCUUUUCCUUCCUCUUCACCUAGCCCAGGACCUCAGUAACCUCACAUCAGCACCUGCUCUUCUGUAAGCAGCUAAACUUACUAAUUACUCCUCUUUUUGUAUAGAUAAGGCCUUUCAUUUUUUGCUACGUGCAGAUUGGGUUCUUAGAUUGACGUAUGGCUCUGUGGGUCUCCUGGGCUCAUGCCAUGGUGUGAUAUGUUUAUUCCACUGUCUUGAGUUAUUCUCUGAUGGGUCUGAGCAGCAACAGUAACAUGAGUAUCCUAGAAUCACUGGGUGGCUUGGGGAAGUCAUUUAAGCUGCCUAAUGCGGAUACUAUUUCUCCAUCUAGGUCACCUGCUUUGCAGACUGAUUUGUUGUUCUGGACAUUGUAACUCUCCAGUGCUGGUAACGGUCUAUUCUAAAAUGCUGAAUUAGAUGUGAACCCACUCAUGGAAUCAAAAGCUACUUGCUUUGAAAUAUGUGGAGUUCUUCACACUGAGGGUGCUAUGAAUACCAGGUGUUAAAUAUCCUCCUAAAAACAAAAACAAGAACUA